AUGGAUAAUUCAAGCAAUAAAGAAUGUGAAGCGCUUAAUAACAUUUCUUCUCAGGCCACAAGUGAGAUGGAACAAGAAAAGCGCUUAAAAAAAGAAAAGAAAGGCAAAAUUAAGAAAAAGAAGCACGAAAAAAUUAUAAAAGAUGAAUCACCAGAAGAGCCAAAUCAAACUCUUACUUUAUUAUCACUAAAUAAUUAGGUUUUUAAUUAAUAAUAAUAUUUUUAAUGAAAAAAUUGAAAAAAGAGAAAAAGGGUUAGCAAAAUUUCUAAAGACAAAAAGAAGAAUAAGGACAAAUCUAAGAAUUGUGAAGAGCCUGCUCCCAGAAAAAGAAGAAAAAUAAGCAAUGAAUUAAAUGAGUCAAAUGAAGCGGUAGAAACAGAUCAAGCUACCAUUGAAAAUUCCCGCCUUAAAAAAGAUAGCUCAAAAGGAAAAGAAAGCUCUGGUAAGAAAUCAAAGGAUAAAAGCCCAGAAAAAUCAUCAAAUGGCAAAGAAAAUUCUGAAUCAUCUGAAGCAUCUGAGGUCAAUAUUUUCGCAAGUCCGAAAACAAAAAUGCCAAAAAAAGUCCAAAUUUCUGAGAAUGACGGUGUAGAAAACAGCUUUGACGAGCCAGUCAAUCCGAAAAAGCAAAAGAAGAAAAAGUUAUCAUUUGCUGAGAAACAAUAUGAAGCUUUGAAAUUGCUUCAAAAUACAAUUAAAGGCUCAUCAAGCGAUGAUUUUAUUCCACCAGUGACUCCUAUGAAGAGAAAAUCAAAGGAAGCUCCCGAAACUCCACUAUCAGAAAAACGAAAAGUCAUAUUUAAUCUAAAAAUGAACACUACUCAGCAUUUUGACCACAGAACUAUCAUAUCUAAUGAGAAAAGACACCCAAGCGCUCAUCAUGAUCCUCCAAGCAAAGGUUUAUUAAAAAAGCAGAUCAAGCACAAAAAAUUCAAAAAAAUCAGAUAUUAA